AUGUCUGUCUCGCGAUUCCGCCAUUCUACAGGGCACGUGGCAAAGCCUCAGCGUCACCUUCUGAAUGUGACAUCGUCCACCGCCUUAUGGGACGGUAGCAACACCAUUUCAUGCAACGAUAAAUUCGUUGCGGUGCCGUGGCAAACCUUUGGCGGAACUGCGGUUUUCAGACAUGAUACCUUCGGACGACUUGCGCCAAACCCUCCCCUUGUACUUGGUCAAAAGGGUCAAAUCAUCGACGUCAAGUUUGACCCUUUUAACAACCAAAAUCUGUUCACCGCCAGCGAGGAUGGGAGCAUCUUUGGGUGGGGUAUCCCGACAGAGGGACUUCAGUCCAACAUAUCGUCGCCACUAGUGGAGCUGAAGGGACACAACAAAAAGUGUGGCAUCAUCUCAUUCCACUCCAGUGCAAAUGGUGUUUUGGCCUCAGCAGGUGUUGACCGUGUCAUCAACGUGUGGGAUGUGGAGAGAGGCACCGCCGUUAACACCAUCAGCAACCUUUCCGACUACGCCACUGGACUAGAGUGGAAUCUACGAGGGUCUCUUUUCUGCGUAGCCUCUCGCGACAAAACGCUUCGAGUGAUCGAUCCUCGUGACUGCACCGUAGUGUCAUCGGUGGAAAGCCACGCCAGUGCCCGCUCACAGCGGUGCAUCUGGUGUAAGCGAAAGGACACAAUCAUGACACUCGGCUGCAGCAAGAGCCAGCAGCGUCAAAUAAAGCUGUGGGAUAUGCGGAAAAUGGAAAGUCCCUACUCAGUCACUGAACUCGAUCAGUCGAGCGCCGCAUUCAUACCAGUGUAUGACGAGGAUUUGAAUCUGCUAAUCCUCGGCAGCAAGGGGGAAAACAACUUGAAGUGUUUUGAGUUGAUGAGUGAAGGCCUCACAUUCAGUUAUGAGGUGAACUCGAGCGAUCCUAUGAAGGGUCUGUGCAUGAUGCCGAAGUGGUCACUGGACGUCAAGAAGUGUGAAUUUGACUGUCUGUACCAGCUGACAUAUCACAGUCUUUUCAUAAUCGAGAUGCUUCUUCCUAGGAAGCAAUCUUGCACUGAGUUUCAAGGAGAUGUGUUCCCUUCCACAUUUGCAGACCACUCGGCAAUGUCUGCAGGUGAGUUCUUCAGUGGUGCUAACGCUGAUCCUCGUGAAUACGACUUGUCUGGCUUGUUUGAUGGCCACUCACCGCGCCUGAUGGGAGAAAGCAUGCCUUCCCCACAGAAGAUUCCUGUGGGUUCGCAAGCAGCAAAGCCACUGAAGGAGGCGCCGAAGGGAGAGACGGUUCCAGGGCGUGAGAACUCCAGCGUCUCUGUCCCGGAGUCGUCCGAAGCUACUUCGGGUCAAAGGGAUAGCAGUACUGCAAAGCACGCGGAUCCAUGGGUCGACAUGACGCAGCAAGAGAUUUUCGAUAAGCAGAGGCGCCUCCAAGAGCUUUCGGAAAAGGUACGCACUUGCCACCAGGAGAUUUCGGCUCUUCGAAAAGCACUUCAAGAAAAAGAGGCAGAGAUGCUACAAGUGCUAGAGGAUAUCCAGUCGAUAUAA